AUGUCAACCGAUACGGGUAACAACGCCUCGGCGCCACGAUUUACAUCUGGAUCUGACGUCAAGCCACCGAAUGACUCUGUCUCACCACUUCUUAAAGCCAACGGUGGACGGUGGGUUCUCGGCAUGCAUGGCCAAGCGCUGGAGCGCGAGUUUAAGUUCAAGACAUUUGCGAAAACCUGGGAUUUCAUGACAGCCGUUUCACUCCAAUGCAAGCUCAAAAACCAUCAUCCAGAAUGGUCCAAUGUCUUCAACACAACCUUCAUCCGCUGGACCACCCACAGCCCGCCCGGCCUCUCAGCCAAGGACAUCGACCUAGCCAUUAUUUGUGACAAGCUUGCCGCUGACUUUGGUGAGGUCGUCCCCGCCUCUGCCACUUCCGCUUCUGGUCCCGUCUCCCCCUCGGCUGUAUCAUCACCCGCUAGUGGUGAACAAGGACAAGGACAGCAAAGCCAGUCGGCACAGCAGCAGCAGCAGGGUGGAGGGGAAACGUGUGGUUUAGCCGGGCUAGCGGACAGGGUGGUGGGAGCUGCGGGUGAUUGUUGUGUUCCAAAGGGAGUGAAGAAGGAAUGA